UGGUAGAUUGAAAUUGUUUCAUAGUGUGACUGAGAUAUUUUCUGGGACCAAAUAUCCUACUGCUAAUCUUUACUUUCCUAAGAUAUGUGAGAUUAGAAUGGCUUUGAAGGGAUGGCUUAUUUGUGGAAUUGAUUAUAUUGAAGUUAUGGCAGCAAAAAUGUUAGAAAAAUUCAAUAAAUAUUGGUCUCAAAUUCAUGGUAUUAUGGGAGUGGCGAUUGUUUUAGAUCCUCGAUAUAAGCUCAAAUUAUUACAAUAUUAUUUUCCUCUUAUCUAUGGUGAUAUUAGAUCAAUUGAGGAGAUUGAUAAGAUUCAAAAGCAUUGUUAUGAUUUGCUAGCUGAGUAUUCAUCUAAAUCCAAGAUGUCAUGGUAUAAUGGGUUUGAUUCUCAGAGUUCAAAUGACAUAUUUUCACAGUCUUCGGUUCUUGAUGUUGAGGAAGUUGAUCCUAUGAGCAAAUAUGACUUGUUUGUUGCAUCUGAAUCUAAUAAUGAGAAUGUUAAGACUGAGUUAGAUCAUUAUUUGGAAGAACGAGUGAUACCCAGAAAAGUUGAUUUUGAUAUAUUGAGCUGGUGGAAAAAUGCACAUAAAUACCCUACUUUGCAAAUGAUUGCUAGAGAUAUUUUGGCUAUUCCCGUGUCUACUGUAGCUUCAGAAUCAGCUUUUAGUACGAGUGGCAGGUUUGUAACUCCACAUCGCAGCAGACUUCAUCCAAACACAUUAGAAGCUUUAAUGUGUGCACAAAAUUGGCUAUGGGCUGAAAUAAAAGAUUCUUGUUCAACGGGCCAUUCUGACUGUUGCACAUUUUAUGAAGAAUAUGAUACAAAUGACAAGGUGAAUUUGCUUUUAAUUUAUUUUAUAUUAGACUGA